CAAGUUGACAGCGGAACUGUCAAAGAGAAGUAAAAAGAAAAUUGCGAGAGUGCCGGAGGUGCUUUCGGUUCCAGAAAUUCCCACAAAUUCUUGAAAUGUCGAAGUACGUUGAUUUGGCCAAAGCCGGCACAGUCUACGCUCGCCGAAUGAACCAUUUAUCGAACCGUAUUUUCGGCGAAGUAACACGUGAAACCAAUUCCAAAUCGAUGAAAGUGGUGAAGAUGUACAGUGAGAAACCAUUGUAUCUGAUACCAGGAGUGACCCAAUACUAUCCGAGACAUGUGGAAACGAAUGAUUUGAUGAGAAAUUUACGCUCGUAUGGUUUGUUCCGCGACGAACAUCAAGACUUUAAGGAAGAAAUGGCUCGACAGCGGGUCCUUAGAGGCAAACCGCCGAAAGGACGAGACAGGCGACAAAAAAAGACGGAAAAUUGAAUUGCUUGUUGCUCUGUUUGUAUAAUAGAGUCGAUGAAUAUAGCCAUAAAGUUGAACUGA